AUGGUUUCUGGCGACUUUUCCAACAUAGCUCUGUCGCCCAUCCCCAACGGUGGCGGCAUCGAGAUGCUGGAGGCGGGCACCUUCGACCUGCACUGCUUCCAGACGCUCACAGGCACCAAGUUCUUCAUAGCCACGGAGGUGGGCUUCACGGGGGCGCCCACGCUGCUCGCAAUCAUCUAUGACCUCUACACCGACUAUGUGCUAAAAAACCCCUUUUAUGAGGUGGAGAUGCCCAUCCGCUGCGACCUCUUUGACCUGCAUCUGCCUGCUGCCAUCCGCAAGGACCGCUCUUUGCUCGCCGCUGGGGUCGUUGUGCCUGGCCGAUCAUAG